AAGAAAAGACGAACAUAAUAUUAAUAAACUCAGACGUGCAAUUGGAAUAGGAAUAGCAUACCUCUGUAGAAGAACGCGAGCAGGGGCGGGCGGCCCGCCUCUUCAAGAUUGCGGGGCAGCUCAGCGCAGCGAUCUGCGCGCAAUAGACCGGGCGAUAGUUAUCCAGAAGCAAGAUGGUGGCGUGCGUUGUAGUUGGUUCGUUUGCGUCUGGUGCUGCGGCUGUUAUGGCCUUGGAGGUGGCUUGCGGUUUCGCCGCGCUAUUGACCAGGGAGGGCGAUGACCUUGCGCAUGGGCGUCCGCUUUAUCUCGAACCCACGACGCGAGUCCGUAUCAAGAUCUGCUUCAUGAGGAUGCGCGCCUCGUGUUCGAAGAGCCCACCACGGGGACCUGGGCCAUUGCGACGAUGGCAGGGCGGGAGGGUAGGCGCGCCGGCUGCGGGUAUGUGGACGACGUCGGUCGCGCGCCGGCGGGUUUUGCCCGUCGGGCCCGCCUCCAGCAAA